CUAGUGGAGAUGAGGUCUAGUAACGAUAUUCCUCUUCACCAGGCCUGCCGUGGCGCACAUGCGGCGUUGCAUCAUGUGAUCGCGUUGACACUCCGGUGCCCGCUCGUGGGGACCCGCUGACACAGCGACUAGAACAAAACUUGAAAUGACUGCAUGAGUUAUGAGGACGGUCAUGGAAUCCAGGCCCCAGUUAGCCCUAGCUGGGAGUCAGGCGGAUAUCAGGAGCAGUGUCAAGGACUUCAUGGAAAGUGUGUGGGCACACUCCCAGGAGCCAUGAUCGAGUCGCCGCGCAUGCAGCAGUCGUGAGUACUUAUCCUUUGUCAGCCGGAUGCAGAUUGCGCUAGGGCCGAACUCUGGCAAAGGCGCCGUGCCUUGGAACACCUCGGCGAGAAGGCUAAGCUCGCCCAAACUUUCAUCCAGAAUAAUAUAACAGCUGAAGUUUGUGAGUACUAGUCAACGGCGACCCGCCCAGCGUUUCAAGGAGCUCCCCAAGGAAAAGCGUGCAGCAAACGCGAUAUUCAAUUUUUGAGCAAUACGCAGAUCCACGAACACGCACCUCAAACUGUUCAGCACCAGCAGCCGCUUUGGAGACCCCUGUCGCCAUCUCUUCUAAGCUGAUCGGGGGCGUAAGGACUUUGCUGCCAGCGCAAUAUCAAUCCCCCGAAAACGCGGACUCGUGACCUUCGCGCUUUCUUCCAGCUCGCUUGGAGAUGUCCCACGCCGUUCAGCUCUGCCGAGCUCACGCAACCAUCACCGGAGGUGCUUUCACGUCACCAACACGCGGAUCUACCAAUACUGUACCCCGGCCUACUCCCAAGACGAUGCCCCCUCAAGGGGAUCCCCUUCUGCCCCCUCCGACUCAGCGCAGCAACGGCCUCACGCCCCUCCCUGUUCUAGUGCAAAACCCCACGGGUCGCUUCAGGGUGAUCUCCACCAAACCGCUGCCUGGCACCAGAUGGAUCGACGCACUGGUGGAAGCAGACUGUCGUGUGGAGAUCUGCACCGCCCCCAAAACCAUCCUGAGCCCCGCUGACAUCACGGCUCUGAUCGGAGACCGUUGCGACGGCGCAAUCGGGCAGCUGACGGAGGACUGGAGUGGGGAGCUCUUUGCGGCGCUCAGAAGGGCCGGCGGGCGUGCGUAUAGCAACAUGGCCGACGGCUUCAACAACGUGGACCUAGCGGCGGCAACUAGAUACGGAAUCCCCGUCGGAAACACUCCCGGCAUUGCAUCUGAGACGACAGCGGAGCUGGCGGUCGCCCUGACGCUGGCGACUGCGCGGCGCGUGGUGGAGGCGGACCAUUUCAUGCGCGACGGGAAAUACGACGGCUGGCUGCCGACGCGAUUCAUCGGGAACCCGCUCAAGGGCCGGACGCUCGGCAUUCUUGGCGCGGGCAGGAUCGGCACCGCUUAUGCGCGGAUGAUGAUGGAGGGGCACAAAAUGAAUGUUAUGUACUACGACCUUUACCAAGCGAAGAAGCUGGAGUCAUUCACUGCAGUCUACAGCAGUUUUCUGGAGAGUCUAGGCGAGGCGCCGCUGACGUGCACCCGGGCGGGCUCCGUCGAGGAGGUGCUGACGCAGGCUGACGUCAUCAGCCUGCACGUGAUACUGGACGACUCGACGCGCCACCUGAUCAACAUGGAGCGGCUCGAACUGAUGAAGAAGGACGCCAUCCUAAUCAAUAUCAGCCGGGGGCCAGUCAUCGACGAGUCGGCCUUGGUGGAGCACCUCAAAGCGAACCCGCUCUUCCACGCGGGCCUGGACGUCUUCGAGGAGGAGCCCAAGAUGCAGCCGGGCUUGGAGAGCCUCGCAAACGCGAUCGUCGUUCCCCAUAUCGCCUCCGCGCUUAUGUUCACACGCGCGGGAAUGGCCACGCUGGCAGCCUGCAACGUCGCGGGCGCGCUUCAGGGCUUUCCCGUCUGGCCCCACCACGACGACGUGAUGCCGUUUCUGGACGAAACGGCAUCGAGCCUGCCCCAGGCCUGCCCUAGCAUCGUCAACGCAAAAGAACUAGGCUUGGCGGUGAUGGGUACUGUUAACGGCUCCGCCAAGUAAGGUUUAACGGGCGCUAUAGGUACGUCCGCUAUAGGUUAUUAUUUCGAUGUCGAGCUCCUGACACAGUUUUGGAGCUUAUAGAUAGCAAGGUAAUUGAAUACGGCAUCGUGGGAGAAGUGGUCCCAGUGAUCGAAUUGUUUUGGCGCCCAAGAUUUGCUGGGGCGCUGUCAAUCUAAGCAGCACGAACCUCCUAUUUAUAGGCAUGCCAAGCAAGAUAAUUGUACAGAAGCACAGCCUCGACCAGACAUAAAGCGAAACCGUCGCGCUAUAUAUGCCGGCCUUGUCAGCGAAACGUUUAAAAGUCCACAAUAUUUCGUCGUUACCGACGUAUUUCUGAUCAACAUUCUGAGCGCAGUCUUUAGUAUACGCGAUUACGGUAAAGAGGGGCUCUGAGAGCUGUCA